AUGGCUGGAGAAAAGGUCCAUCUUCUCGUCCUCGACGAUGCCGGUGUCCCAGACGUCAAUGGCACAUAUAUUCGCCUCCCACCUCCAGUAGAGCCAUACACCCUCCGAUUCCAGAUCGAGGGUACUUCAUCCAUCACCAGACAAGGUAGCCUUUGGCUCAAUAUACCUGAGAAGGGGAAGGAAUUUCACCGAGAAAACUACCGAGAGUUCAAACUCACGCCAGACUUCUCACGAGCAUUGACGAUUGAUGUUCCGAUUCAUAUUGCUGGAUCAUUUGGCUACUACGUCACUUACUCCAAAUUACCGGAAUGGGAUCCCCUCUCCAAGACCAAGCCCAGCGGGGACGGUACUGCCCAAACCAGGACGCCAAUAUAUCACAUAUGCGUUUCUCCAAACCUCAACAUCAACGGCAGCCCAUUGAAGCUCGAUAGUUUGGCUCUCAUUUCGGCUGUUUCGAAAUGGAUGGGACCUCUAUCGAACUGGGAGCCUCAAUUGGCCCGUAUCAGUGAUAGAGGGUACAAUAUGGUCCAUUUCACCCCAAUGAUGUGGCGUGGUGAAUCAAACUCACCAUACAGUAUCUAUUCCCAGCUUGAAUUCGACCCUGAAAUCUUCGGGAAGGGCAAUGAUGGCAUCCAGACAGUCUCUAAAAUUGUCACUUCGAUGGAGAAAAAGCACAAGAUCUUAUCUCUUACUGAUGUCGUCUGGAACCAUACCGCGAAUAAUACCCUCUGGCUUGAGGAGCAUCCCGAAGCAGGGUACAAUUGCAAGACGGCGCCUUGGCUUGAACCUGCCUACGAGUUGGAUACUGCAUUGCUGGCUUUUAGCAAAAACCUUCGCAAGCUCGGAUUGCCAACAGACUUGAAGACUACUAGUGAUUUGCUUGAAGUCAUGGAAGGUAUCAAGACUCACUGUAUCGGCGCUACUCGCUUGUGGGAAUACUAUGUUACGGAUACCGAACGCGAUACUGAUGCAGGUAUCCUUGCCUGGGGCGCAAAGAAAUGGAAGACGCUCGAUGUUGACCCCAGCUGGCCAUUCCAGCAACAGGCCCGCUACCUCGCCGAAAAUGGUCUGGUUGGAAAUGACAGAUUUGGUGAAAGGUUCCGAAGAAAGAUUGACCCUGAGGUUGCAGCUGGUCUCCUUCACGCACUGUUUGGUGAACCUUCAGCGAAUGAGGAUGAAUUUGAACAACAAGAAGCUAAACUCCGAAAGGAACUUGCCAAGUUCCUUGACGAAAUCAACUUGCCUUUAUACAAAGAAUACGAUGAAGACACCGAAGAGAUUCUUGAACAGCUUUUCAACCGUAUUAAAUAUGUUCGAAUCGAUGACCACGGCCCAAAGCAAGGUCCAGUUUCAGAUGCAUCCCCCCUCAUCGAAACAUACUUCACGAGAUUACCCUCCAACAAGAGAACCUCCAAGUUCGAAAAGAAAGAGCUCGCCUUGGCCAAUAACGGAUGGAUCUGGAAUGCUGAUCCAAUGGUUGAUUUCGCUGGUCCUACCAGCCGUGCUUAUUUGCGUCGUGAAGUUAUCGUGUGGGGUGAUUGUGUCAAGCUACGAUAUGGCAAAGGUCCGCAGGACAGCCCGUACCUCUGGGAUCAUAUGAAGCAAUACACCGAACUUAUGGCCACGAUGUUCCAUGGCUUCCGUAUCGAUAAUUGCCAUUCCACCCCCAUCCAUGUAGCGGAGUAUCUUUUAGAUGCUGCUCGUCUCAAGAGGUCUGAUCUUUACGUUGCCGCUGAGCUCUUCUCCGGUAGCGAGGCAAAGGAUUAUAUCUUCAUCCAAAGACUUGGAAUUAAUUCGCUUAUCAGAGAAGCCAUGCAAGCUUGGGGACCAGGGGAGCUCUCAAGGCUUGUUCACAAGCAUGGCGGAAAGCCAGUUGGAAGCUUUGAGCAGGACCACGUCAAGAACGAAGGGGACGGUGAAACUCGCAGAAUCACAGCAAGCACAAUUCAUGCCCUCUUCGCAGAUUGCACCCAUGACAACGAAACCCCGGCCCAGAAGCGCGUUCCUGAGGAUACUCUUCCAACUAGUGCUUUGGUAUCUAUGUGUGCGUGUGCGACUGGCAGCGUUAUUGGUUUCGACGAUAUCAAUCCCAAACUUUUGGAUGUCGUUAAUGAGAAGCGUGUCUAUAACACAGAUGAUGUAGCUCUACGAGAAGGCGGCAUCGGUUGGGUCAAGAAAAUCUUGAAUAACAUUCAUACUGAUAUGGGAAACAAGGGAUAUGAUGAGACACAUGUGCAUCAUGAAGGAGAAUACAUCACCGUCCACAGAGUUCAUCCACAAACCCAUGAAGGGUACUUCCUCAUCGCCCAUACUGCUUUUAGUGGAGGCUCUCAUAGAGGCGAUUUUAACCCUGUGUAUUUGACUGAUACCAAGGUAGAAACAAUAUUGAGCGUCAAGCUCACAGUCUCAAAUGGUGAUGAUGAUCGCGCCAGCGUCUUUAGCGAUCCGAACCUUAUCAGGGGACUUCCUUCCAAGGUCGUCAACCUGUCCCUACCCAAUAUUCGGGACGAAGGUAACAACACCGUGGUUACUAUUCCAGACGAGUUCCCGCCUGGUUCGAUCGCUCUCUUUAAAACUUGGAUCCCAACGAUUGACCGGUCGGUUGACCUUGACAAACUUGCGGUCUCCGAUGCUACGGAGGCUUUCAAGAACGUUAGCCUAACAGACCUCAACUUCAUUCUUUAUCGUUGCGACUCGGAAGAACGCGAUCAAAGUGAUGGCAAAAUUGGCGUUUAUGACAUUCCCGGCUCAGGGCCUUUGGUCUAUGCAGGUUUACAAGGCUGGUGGUCAGUCCUAAGGGACAUCAUUCGAAACAACGACCUAGGACACCCUCUUUGUCAGCAUUUGAGAAACGGCACCUGGGCAUUGGAUUACACCGUAUUCCGCCUUGAAACUCUCGCUGACCAAGGAUUUGACAGCCUUCGUGCUCCCGCUGCCUGGCUAAAGGAAAGAUUUGACCAUAUCAAGAAAUUACCGAACUUCUUGGUUCCUCGAUACUUUGCUCUCGUUAUCCAGACAGCUUACGAUGCCGCCUAUGACAGAGCUAUCGAGCUUUUCAGUCCGAAUAUCAAGAAUGGUCACGAAUUCGUCAAAUCUCUUGCACUGGUAUCGAUUCAGAUGACUGGGUUUAUGAAGAGCGCUUCACUAAGCCCCUCCGAGCAAACUCCAUCCAUGGCCGCCGGCUUGCCCCACUUCUCGAGCUCCUAUAUGCGAUGCUGGGGCCGUGAUAUAUUUAUUUCACUUCGCGGUCUACUCCUCGCUACUGGUCGUUACGACGAUGCCAAAGCACACAUUUUGGCAUUUGCUUCGGUUGUCAAGCACGGUAUGAUUCCCAACUUGUUGGCAUCAGGUACAAACCCAAGAUACAACUCUCGCGAUUCUGUGUGGUUCUUCCUUCAAAAUAUUCAAGACUACACCCAGCUAGCACCAAACGGAAUAUCUAUCCUUGACGAAAAGGUCAAACGCCGUUUCCUUCCAUUCGAUGAUACUUGGUUCCCCCUGGAUGAUCCGCGGGCGUUUAGCAAGGAAAGCACGAUCGGAGAAAUUGUUUUCGAGUGUCUCCAGCGCCAUGCUAGCGGCAUGAGCUUCCGAGAAGCGAAUGCUGGAUCAAAUUUGGAUUCACAGAUGAAGGAAGCUGGGUUCCAAAUUGAUAUACAUACCGAUUGGAAGACUGGUAUCAUUUUCGGAGGAAACCAGUGGAACUGUGGUACCUGGAUGGACAAGAUGGGUGAAAGUGAACGUGCUGGCAACAAGGGUGUUCCUGGAACUCCUCGAGACGGUGCGCCUAUUGAAAUUACAGGUCUACUUUUCAGUACUCUACGAUGGGUCGGCGAACUCUCUAAACAAGGCAAAUUUAAAUGGAAUGGUGUCGAUAUCGUUCGAAGCAAGAGUGUUACUUGGGAGGAAUGGCAAGAGAAACUCAAGUCAAGCUUCGAAAAGUGCUAUUACGUUCCGAUAGAUGCAGGUGACGAUAGCUGGUAUGAUGUCAACCCCGCUGUCGUCAACCGCCGUGGUAUCUACAAGGACUUGUACAAGACUGGUAAAGAAUACGAGGACUACCAGCUCCGACCUAACUUCCCAAUCGCCAUGACAGUUGCCCCUGAACUAUUUGACCCGGAGCACGCCCUCGGUGCCCUGAAGAUUGCUGACGACGCCAUCCGUGGCCCGACUGGAAUGGCGACCCUUGAUCCUAUUGAUAGUAAUUAUCGUCCUUACUAUAUCAACUGGGAUGACAAUGAGGACUUUCUUACUUCCAAGGGUAGGAAUUACCAUCAAGGCCCGGAGUGGCUCUGGCCUACUGGUUUCUUCCUCCGAGCUUUCCUUCACUUUGACCUACUUAGAAAGAAGACCCUCCCUGAGAAGAUUGAGACCUUCCAACAAAUCCAUCGUCGCAUUCAGUUGUGCAAGAAAAUGAUCAGUGAGACUCCAUGGGCGGGUUUGACGGAGCUGACCCAGAAGAACGGCGAAUUCUGCGGAGAUUCUUGUCCUACACAAGCUUGGUCAUCUAGCUGUAUGAUCGAUCUUUUCCAGGACGCCUCCGUUAUUGUUUCAGACCCCGCCUAG